AUGAUGUCUGUCGUCUCCACUGUGGAGAGCGUCCCCAGAGGUACGGGCACUUCGGCGCCGAGUCUUUAUCAGCGGAUCAGGACACAGUUAUGCAGGGAGCUGUUGGUGAGCCUGGCUCUGGGUCAGGUCCUGUCCUUGUUAAUCUGUGCCAUCAGCCUGACCAGCAAGUACCUGGCUGAUGACUUCCAUGCUAACACACCGCUCUUCCAGAGCUUUCUCAACUACAUCCUGCUGUUUCUGGUCUACACCACCACUCUGGCAGUCAGGCAAGGGGAAGGGAACCUACUGGCCAUUCUGAAGCAGCGCUGGUGGAAAUACAUGAUUCUGGGUUUGAUAGACAUCGAGGCCAAUUAUAUGGUGCUUAAAGCUUACCAACACACUACACUCUCCAGUGUACAGCUGUUGGACUGUUUCGUCAUCCCGGUGGUCCUGCUGCUGUCCUGGUUCUUCCUCCUGGUGAGGUACAAGGCUGUGCACUUUGCCGGGACAGGACUGUGUCUGCUGGGGGUCGGCUGUAUGGUGGGAGCUGACAUGUUACUAGGCCGGCAGCAAGGCCUCGGAGAGCAGAAGCUGUUUGGGGACCUUUUGGUUUUGGGAGGAGCAACACUGUACGGGAUCUCCAACGUCUGCGAGGAGUUCAUCGUGAAAAACACGAGUCGUGUGGAGUUCCUCGGCAUGAUGGGACUCUUUGGAUCCUUCUUCAGUGGCAUCCAGCUGGCCAUCAUGGAGCACAAGGAGCUGCUGAAGGUUCCCUGGGACUGGCAGAUAGGUCUUCUGUACGUUGGUUUCAGUGCCUUCAUGUUCGGCCUGUACAGCUUCAUGCCGGUGGUGAUAAAGAGAACAAGUGCCACCUCCGUCAAUCUGUCUCUGCUCACAGCCGACCUGUACAGCUUCUUCUGCGGCCUCUUCCUCUUCCACUACAAGUUCUCGGGCCUCUAUCUUUUGUCUUUCUUUAUCAUCAUCUUGGGCCUGGUCCUGUACUCCACCUCGUCUACCUAUGUGGCCCAGGACCCACGAGUCUACAAGCAAUUUAGGAACACAGGUGGCCAGCCGGCCUGCGAGCAGCCUCCGCUCAGUGCCGCAGUCCUGGAGCCCUCUGUCACCUACACCAGCCUGGGCCCUGAGGUGGGGGACGAGCUUCCUGUACGUGUCGCCUGAGAUCUGGAAGAAUUUUAGUCCGUCAGCCUGGGCGGUCAGUGAGUCAGCUGCAGCCUCCAGGUUCUGCCUACAGUUUGUAUACAGAGGAUAGUGCAGGCUGAGCUGGGCAGCUGGGGGAUCACCAGGUAGGUCAGGUUUUCAUUUUAUGGCCUGUAUUGGGGACAGACCGAGUUAAGACACAUUCAUGUGAAAGUUUUGAGUUCACUGUGUUCAAAGACUGAGUAGACUGAUCAUUCAUGUAAAUACAUGGUAAUGUAAUUUUACUGUAUUCAAUCUGCUUUCUUUUUAUAUCUGUCAAGAAUGCUUCAGACGUGUGUAUGUUCAAGUUGUAUUUAUUUAUUUCAUUUCUUAUUGUUUAUUAUCUGAUUGGAAUCCAAACUUUAUAAAUGUAUAAGUUUAUAAAUCUCAAAGCUCGAAGUGGAUGACAAGCUUAGUGAGUGAUACUGGAGUUAGUGAAUACUUACAUACUGUAGCAGUGGGGGAUCAAAGUCUUCCCACAUUUCAUUUAAUUAAUUGACCCAAUUUGUAUCACAUAACGCUGUGCUGGUAUGUACAACAUCAUUUUCUGUCAAAUGUUGUAUUUGUACUAUGUUGUUUAUCCUGUACAUACGACAUCUAUUGCACGUCUGUCCGUCCUGGGAGAGGGAUCCCUCCUCAGUUGCGCUCCCUAAGGUU